GAGUAGAACCUAUGGAGUGGCGUUUGUAGAUUUUUUUACCGAUUAAUCAGUUACUGGCCCACUUUAGGUCCUUCAUCAUUCUUUGUUUCUCUCUCUCCCCAACCCAAAGGUGAAAAGGUUCUGCAGAUUUGUUCUAUAAAAGUAGUCUCUAUAACAAGGGAUGGAAUUUCACGGUGUCAUCUUCAUGCUCACUUCUGUUAACCCACCUUUCCCAUGCCCAUGGAUCCCUUGAUCCGCAAGCUGCACCGCCGCCUUCCUGCAUGGCUUCACCGAUCUCGCUCUGCCCUGAAUUCAGAUCAAAUAUACUUUAUGAGGCGACUUUCAUACAAGGAUGUUAAACGAGCAACGGAUGGUUUUCACAGAAUUAUCUAUAGCAAUUCUCAAGUUGCUGCAUAUACGGCCAAAUUUGAAGAUGGUAGCGUUUCUUUGGUGAAAGAAAUAAAGGAUUUUGAUCAAGCAGAUGAUAUUUUCUACAGCGAAGUGCAGUACUUGGGCCGCUUGCAUCAUCGACACCUUUUGUCGCUCAAAGGAUUUUCCUUGAAACACAAGAGCAGAUUGCUCAUUUUUGACAGCAUAGAGAAUGGAAGCUUAAAGGAUCAUCUAAAUGAUCCUCUGAAGACACCCUUAAAUUGGAGGACAAGGUUAAAAAUAGCUAUUGAUGUUGUGGCUGCCCUGGAAUACUUGCUUCUCUUCGUUGAACAACCACCAUGUCAUGUCUCCAUCAGCUCUAGCAAUAUCAUGUUAGAUGAUACCUUUACGGCUAAACUAUCUGAUUUUGGCCUUCUUACUUGUGUUGGAAAUCCCGUUAUGAUGCCGAAUUCAAAAGAUGACAUGAGGCAGAAAAGUGGUAACAUAAUAUUCCAAUUGGGAGUUUUCAUACUGGAGCUUGUCACUGGUCAGUCCUCAGAGAUGGAAGGUUCCGAUCUAAUAGAAUGGAUCCAGGAAUCAUGCUUCUACAGUUCCAUUCAUAAUAUGGUAGACCCUGAUCUUGGCGACAAUUACGAUUCAAGGGAGUUAAAAACCCUUCUAGCUGUUGCAAAGUUAUGUAUCAAAUCAAAGGACAAGCCUGUAUUUACGAUCCCCCAGUUACUUCGAUAUCUUCAACAGAAGGUAGAUAUUCCUCGUGACUAAGAUUGGACUUUCCUUUGAAGAUGUUCACGGUUCUCGGGAGUUUGGGAGAAUAAUUCGAACUCCCAUCCCGUGUGUGAAUAUUAACAGUAUAAAUUCGCUUUUCCUGCCUUUUGGAGAAUCGAUUUCGUUGCCUUAUUUGGGACAGAUA